AUACAAGCAUGACAUUUGACUUUUCCAGUAAUCAUCCUUCGGUUCAUUCUUUAAAUGAGCAUCAUGAUACCACUAAUUUUUUUUAUAGACCACAAUCAUCCACAGCGACAGAUAUCGACGACUCUGUCACUUUGCAUAAAAGAAGGUGUAGAACCAAUUUGAGAAACGCCGAACUAAGUAAACGCACGUUUAGAAUAUUUUUGGAAAAACAGAUAUUGUCACAUGUGGAAGUAGAGAUUCGGAAAAACAUUCACGAAGCUCAAACUCCGUUAACGCCUGAUUUUGAUUACAACAAAAGCGAUUUUACUUUAAACCACGCACGUUUAUUAACGUUAUCCCCUUCGUUACAAACGACUGUAUCAGGAAAAACGUCUAUCAGGAAUGACUUGAAUCUACCAAAUUUAGAAGCUGAAAUGUAUUCUAGUAAUAGAGCUAUAAGAAUAAGUAAUGCAGUUAUAACUGCUGAUUCUGAAAUCAAUGUGUACGAGGAUUCUGUUCAAAACAAAUCAAAAGUUUGCACCUACACCGCAUCUACAUCUAAUCAAAAUAAAUUCAUAAAUCUUAAAAUUAACACAACAGCUAAUAAAGAAUCUCAUACAUUCAUGUACAAUACUACUAGUCCAGAAUGGUUUCAAGAUAAUGAGGUUGUAUCAGUCCAUGGCUCUCUAUUAAGUGAAACUAUUUCAGAUAGUUCACAUAGUGUAGAUUUACAAAGAAAUACUCAUCACAAACGAUGUCGUUGGAGACGUAUACUCUUUUGUUGCAUUAAUUAAGCUUGUGAUAUUCAGUGAAUCAAAAAAACUCGCUUUAUAAAUUUAAUAUUUAUUGCACUGCCUUCAUUUCUUGUAUUUAUGUAAUGCUUAUUAUAUUUUUCUUUAGAAAGCUUCAGUAUUUUGUGAUUAUCGUAGAAAAUGAUAUAUAGAGCAUAAUUUAUAAAUUACCUGUAAAUGUUAGUAAUUGUACAGAAAUUUAAAAUUUAUAUUUUUCACUAUAUGCUAUCAUAGAUUAAAUAGUAUAAAAUGUUUGCCAUUAAUAGUAGUAAUAGUAAUAAUAGAUUAUUGAUAUUUGUUAUAUUUUUGACAUAU